ACCUAAAUAUCAGUUGGUGGGACCCAUACAUAGGAAAGACAACAGCAUAAAAGGACCAAACUCGCUUGAACUUAGACAACAUUCUGGUUCUGUCCACUGAAUCCUUGAUUUUCUGUGAAGAGCAAUGGCCACAUUUGGCGCGCAAGGUGUUCGUCCUCCUCCAUUGACAUCCACCUCCGAUCAACCUCCUCUUUUUGAUGGCACCACCAGGUUGUACACCAGUUAUGGUUGCCCCUAUGCACAACGUGUAUGGAUCACUAGGAACUACAAGGGGCUACAAGACAAGAUCCAUUUGGUCCCUAUAAACCUUCAAGACAGGCCAGCUUGGUAUAAGGAGAAAGUCUACCCUGAAAAUAAGGUGCCAUCAUUGGAGCACAAUGGCAAGGUUCUGGGAGAAAGUCUUGAUUUGAUCAAGUAUGUAGAUGUCAACUUUGAAGGGACACCUUUGUUUCCCACUGAUCCUGCCAAGAAAGAGUUCGGUGAGCAACUGAUAUCCCAUGUUGAUACAUUCACCAGAGACCUGUUCGUUUCAUUGAAAGGAGAUGCUGUACAAGAAACCAGUUCUGCUUUUGGAUACUUGGAGAAUGCUCUUGGUAAAUUUGAUGAUGGGCCAUUCUUGCUUGGUCAGUUAAGUUUGGUAAGUUGAAAUCAACUCAGUGAUCUUCAGUUUUCAUUUUCCUU